ACUGACUUUUAUUUCAUAUUUAAAGCAGCAUCAACAUGCAGUAUAACUCAAUUUCAAUAUGACAUCAAUUCAGGUGCUACUCGCAGUCUUUGUGAUCCCCGCUGUGUGUGGAGCAGGUUACUCUAGCGAUUAUCAGCCAAAAUGCUACAAAGUGGGAGGAUAUUGCGGGAUUGGAAGUUGUCGCAAAGGGUUCAAAUUUGCCACAAAGUACUCAUACGGGUGUUCAAGCAAUGCAAUAUGUUGUCUUAUAGAUACAUUUUACAACAAUUACCAAGGACAACUUGAUAACAGAGGUAGAGGAUAUUGCACUAAUAGUGGAUGUCGAUCGGGAUAUAAUUAUUAUGACAACAAUGGGUAUUGUAAAUAUGGCAAUAGGUCUUACAAGUAUAAUUGCCACUAUUAUACAGGAUGCUGUCUCCCACGUAACCCAUACAGCAAACUCCAUUACUACUGCACCAACAAUUACGGAUGUCCAAAAAAUUACUAUUUUUAUAACAACCAUGGCUACUAUUAUUAUAAUAGCAAGGACUACUACGAUUGUCAUUCUUACAAUGGAUGUUGUAUUCGUGGUUACGAAAGGUCGUACCAUUAUUGAAACAGUUCGUCGAUGAGGCAAUCUAACAGUGCAGUCGAUGAUUGAUAACGAUUUCAAAUAAAUAUUUUAAGUUCCA